AUGGCUGAUGAUAUUGCAUCUAGGGUUUCGAGUUUACAUAUUACCGAUGCGGAGAAUGAAGUUUUGAAUCUUGAUAGCGUUGAAAUCCACGAAACAAACCAAAAUCUUGAACUGGCGACGGUAGGCAAGGUUCUUACCGCAAGAAACUUUAAUUUCGAGGCAUUAAAGCGAACGUUCAACCAGAUUUGGGCAAUUUCAUCUGCUGCCCUAUUUCGCCCUAUUGAGAACGGAUUAUUUGUAGUACAGUUUACGUGCCGCAGGGACAAAGAGAAGGUUUUACAUGGCCGACCGUGGACGUUCGACCAACAUCUUGUUAUGUUGCAGGAGAUGGAGGAUCAUGUUCAGCCUUCGAACAUCAACCUGACGCGAUGCCCAUUUUGGGCUCGCCUUUAUAAUCUGCCAUUGGGUUGUCGGACUGAGGGGCAUAUCCGAAUGGUGGGAGGAUGCUUGGGUGAGGUUAUGGAGGUGGAAUCUGAUGGUGUACAGUGGGAUACGUCGGCACGUGUUCGAGUGUUAAUAGAUGUUACAAAACCUUUGCGAAGAGUGCAGCGGAUUUCGGUGAAGAAGGGAGUUUCGGCUCUGGUAGAAUUCAAGUACGAAAGGCUCCCUACUUUCUGCUAUGGUUGUGGUUUAAUUGGACAUAUUGAACGAGAUUGUUCGAUGGUUAACGAGGAUGACAGGAUUGAAGGGAAGCAGUGGGGACAUGGUUGA